AUGGCAACACCAGUUAAGAGAAUCACUACGCGUGACGAUUUAGAUAAAUGGUUAGAUUCACAAACAUUUAAUCAAGUUCUCUCAUUUAUUACCGAUUUACAGGAAUCCAUAGUCGGUAAACCCAACGACGAACCAAUUACAGAAUCACAAAUAGUCACUCAGCUUCAAGCAGUACUUGACAGUAUCAACACUAUAAUCGACAAUCAUCCUGUUAUCCAGGAGAAAGACAUUUCAAGGUUUGGUAAAGUUGAAUUCCGUGAUUUUUACGACAAUGUGGCCAAACAGUCACCAAGUUUACUCUCGCCUUUACUUACUAAUCAGGAACAUACUCUUGAAAUAGCAACAUAUUUCAAUGAAUCGUGGGGAGACCGAACAAGAAUCGAUUAUGGAUCAGGUCACGAACUCAACUUCAUCUGCGUCCUUUUCUGUCUUAAGCAACUCGACUGUAUCACACCACAAGACUACCCAGGACUACUCCUCCAUGUUUUCACCAAAUAUAUGAAAACAAUGAGGCGAUUACAAAAGCAGUACUGGUUGGAACCAGCCGGUUCUCAUGGUGUCUGGGGAUUAGACGACUAUCAUUUCCUACCAUUCCUUUUUGGUGCUGCACAAUUGCUGACCCACCCUCACAUGAAACCCAAACUGAUUCAUAACCCAGAGUUGGUGGAAAUGUACAAGAACAAAUACAUGUAUAUGGAAUGUAUUGACUUUAUUAAUAACAUCAAAACCACCAGAAACGGAGAAAAAUUGAGUAUCCGUUGGCAUUCACCUAUGUUGGAUGAUAUAUCGGCUGCGAAAAGUUGGGCCAAGAUCAAAGAGGGGAUGGUUAAAAUGUACAAGGUCGAAGUAUUGGGGAAAUUACCGAUUAUGCAGCAUUUUAUGUUUGGUCAAUUGAUACCUUGUCCCCCAGGUGUUAGUGCCCCUCAUGAACAUCAUGAAGAUGAAUGUGGGCAUAUUCAUAGUAAAGAUUUGGUGAAUACUUGGGGCGAUUGUUGUGGGAUAAAGAUUCCCAGUGCCAUUGCCGCCAGUGAAGCACUUAAAAAGGAACAAUCACAAAAGCCAAUUCCGUUUGAUUAG